AUGGUACAACUACAAAACUUAUCAUUGAGUUGCAAUUUGACACUGGGCAGAAACUUUGCUGAUAUGGAAAACUUUGACAUCUUUCUUUCCUCAUCUCCUGUAUUGAAGAGAGUUAAUAUGUCCGUUGGAACGACAACCGAACCAUUCAGACCGGAUUCCAAACUCUAUGAGGCUGAAUCAAUUAAAGUCACCCAGCACUCACCUACCGUUCCUGAUAUUUUCAGCCGUUUUCAAGGAAGACAAGUGUUUUUAAGAUGGACAAGUGGUGGAGAUUUGGAGUUGGAAUUGUGGAGAUUUGUGAAUGAAUGGAUAACUGGAGAAACAUUUCAAAAUCUGGAGUAUUUGAAAGUCGAAAUUUCGAAAACAAUCGGGCCGCAAUUUCUGAAUUUAAUUUCAGCGAGACGUAUUGAUGAAGAAGAUAAACCACCAACACACACUCUGCCAAAAGUGUAA